CGCCGCUCGACUGCUCGUCUGCUCGACUCAACUCAAAAUCACACUAUAAAUAAGCAGAUGGCCCAGCCUAACAGUAUAGUUAUCUUUGAAGACUUCAACGAUCUACACAAUCCUUUCAACAUGAAGUUCCUCAUUGUCUUCGUUGCCCUCUUCGCCCUGGCCCUCGCUGCCCCUGUUGAGAAUGAUGCGGUAGUCGUCCGCUCCGACUCUGACGUUGGACCCGAGAGCUUCAAAUAUUCAUACGAGACCAGCAACGGAAUCAGCGCUCAGGAGGCUGGACAGCUGAACAACGUCGGCUCCGAGAAUGAGGCCAUCUCCGUCAAGGGAUCUUUCUCCUGGGUCGACCCUGAUGGCGUCAGCCACACAAUCAGCUACAUCGCUGAUGAGAACGGUUUCCAGCCCGAGGGCGCUGAUAUUCCUGUUGCACCCGUGGUUUAAGUUUUUAAGAUUGAAAUAAAUUGUUUA